ACUGAAGUCCGAACGUGGCGCUGCUUGUUUUCAAACUCUGAAAUCUGACCAAAUAAAGUCCUGCUGCUGCUGUCGCGGAUGGAUAAACAUCACUUACCUUCUUCCUCUCCGCGUCUCUCAGCGUCGGUGUGCAGCCUAGACCAGUCUCCGUGUCAUUAACGUUGUCAUCAUGAGGAUGAGGAGGGAAGACAUCAUUCUGCAGGCUCUCCUCUUGAUCCACAUUCCCGUGGCCUGCCUCUUCACUGCAGUGUCAGGUCAGUCGGACAGCAGCAGCAGCGUGGUGGUGGCGGGGUACAACGUGAGCGGUCCCGCCGGGUCGAGGGUGGUGCUGCAGUGUGUGAGCGGCCGCAUGGUGUGGACCAGGGACAGGGUGAGGGACAGACAGAGGGUGGUCCACUGGGAUCUGUACCGGGCCCAUCCAGACUACGCCAUGGAGAGGGUGCUGGACAUGUUCUCUGCAGGGGACCAGAGGAUCUACAACUCCUACAACCUGGGCCGGGCCGGCCUCAACCCAACAGCCUUCAGGGACGGAAACUUCUCUCUGGUCAUCAAAGAUGUGACAAUGAAUGACAGGGGCCUGUACUCCUGUAACCUCCACCAUCUCUACUGCAACCUGUACGAGACAGUCAGGGUACAGCUCAACGUCACUAAGUCACGCCGCAAGGAGCAGCGCUUCUGGGAUGGACAAAAGGCGGUGUACGUGGUGCUGCUCGGCAGUACCGUGGUGCUGCCGUGCAUCAACCGACGUAACGUGUGGACAGACUGGAGCGACGAGGAGGAGGACCAGCAGGUGGUCCACUGGGAUCGCCAGUCCCCAGGGGUCCACCACGACCGCGCUGACCGGCUGGUGGACCUGUACGCCUCUGGGGAGCAGCGUAGCUAUGGGCCACUGUUCCUGCAGAGGAAGAUGAACAUCAGCAACCACGCCUUCUCAGAGGGAGACUUUUCUCUUGCCAUAUCUGAUCUGCAGCCCACAGACCAGGGGAUGUAUUCCUGCCACCUCCACCAUCAUUACUGCGGUCUGCAUGAGAGAAGAGUGUUUCAGGUCACAGUGGAACCACCAGUGAUUCAGACCACCCUGCCAGCCAAAGCCCUGCCAAGUGCAGACAAGGACACCACUAAGGCUGAAUCACCGCGAGUCAUCAAUGUUAUUGUGCCUGACCAGAGACACCACUUUCUCCUGCCGCUGGGCUACGUCCUCACUUCCUUCCUUCUCCUGGCAUUCAUCAUCCUCAUCAUCAUCCUCAUCACUCGCAGACGUAGAACCAAAGAGUUUUAUCCAGAGGUGUCCAUGAGGUCCAGCAGAAGUCAGAGCAGCUCGGAGGAGUUUGAGAUGGACGUUGCUGAAGUGACUGUGUGCAGUCAGGACGAGAGAAGAUUUGACUACAAGAACAACCUGCUGAAAGAGAAGGUGCACAUGAACACUCAGCCUAAAGUCAUUGAUCUUGACAAAGAGAUGCAGAAGUUUUCUAAGUGAGGAAAUGACAAAUGAAAACUGAAGUCACUGGCUGGUCCAGAGGCUGCGCUCUAAACCGAACACCUCCACGCUGCCUCCUGUCCUGGCAGCAGAAACAGCAAAAGAGAAAAUGUUGUGAAAUGCAGAAAACCGGUUAAAAGAAAAAAAACCAAAACAGCUCACGCCGAGGCCUCAAACUGUCAGGAUUAGAGACGAAGAAAAACUGAUUUUGUUUUCUGUCAUUGUACCUGAUCAAACACAAAAGAUUGGACUUGACCCACUGUGCACGGUCCAAUAGCACCACCCGGAGGGGAGUCUUAUCCAAGCCUUGACUGCCACAUGACGCAGCGACGUGUGCACAAGUAGAUGAAGUUGACUCAGUUGUGAUUGAGUGAAUUUGAAUGAUCAGUUAUUACAGCUUUGAUCAUUAGUCCUCGAGUUAAAAAAACAAACAAACAAAUUGAUGUUUUUAUUUUCACUGUUUGGUCUUUUCUGUUUUACUCGCAUAUCCAUCUUUGCUUAACUGACUGGACUGAAGCGCCACUGAAGUGCUGCCAUCAGUGUGUGCUGCUUCCUGUAGGCUAUGAUUAACUGUCUGCUAGCUGACCACUGAUGCCGCGUUUGUCAAAAUGUUUUAUUUUGAUGCUCAGACUGUAUUUUUUUGUGGAAUGUUCCUUUUUAAGAAAGCAUGUAUUAAAGCCUGAUGCUGAUGUUUAGCUGAAGUUGGUUAUUCUGCUUGAUUGGUUUGAGGAGAUACUUGGUCUCUUUGUAUUCUAAUGAGCUUAUGAAUGUCAUACAGUAAAUAUUACUUGUUAACUGAAUGUGGACAGAAGAAAUGUUUGAUAAUGUUUUUUUUUUUCCCAGCUGAGACUUUUUGACAUGACAGUAAAUGGAUUUUAGCCAUGAUUCGUUUCACUUUUUAUUUACACCUGUGAUUUUCCUAAUUUGACUUGUCAAAAGUCUAAAGUGAUAAAGGCCUUUAUUACCUCAGCGGUGCCUCAGAAGCUCACUACCAACUGUAAAACACUUACAUCUGCUGUGCUUUUUGCUUUCAGCUACCUAACUGGUCAUUUCUCUUCCUUUGGCAUGUUUUAUCCUACAUGUCAAGGGAAGUACGUACUGUAGUACUGUACCAUACUACUAAUCCAAUAAAAAAGAUUAACAUAAAAAAUUAUAAGGUUUUGUAAUCAGUAAUGCAGGAGCACUAUAUCGUAAGAGUCAAGAAAACACAUUUGAUGCAGCUACCCAGUUUGCGUAGUAGACAUGAUGUCGGUCCAGCAUCCAAAUACAACCCCACCUAACUAAAACAGUUUUUACUAUCAACAAAUAAAUUGGUACAGAUUUCAGAUAUAAAUUGCUGAACAUGUUUUUUAUGAAUGUAACCGUGCCUUGUAUUUUUUAUUUUGUCAAUUAAAUAAAGAAAGUUGGGAAAUAAUUGUGGUGGAAAAAC